GAAAUAAUAGAGUAUUUUAGAUACUUUAUUCGAGAUUAAGUUCGGGUUUAGUAUGAAUGUUCUUUUGAAAUUUUAAUUUUUUUUGAAUUUUUUCAGAUAUUCAUUCGAAUUCGGAUUCGGUCGAGGUAAAAUCCAUAACUCAAAUACCAUAGAACAAAUUGUAUUUGGUAUUUAUGUUGGAUUUAGUUUGGUUCAGAUUCAUUUACGGGGUCAAAUUUGAUUUGAUUUUUCGGUCUUUUAAACCACCCUUACUCAAAACUAUUUUUUAUUAUUGUACUUUUCAUUAUCAUUAUUUCAUCUAUACAAAAUUAAAUUUGUUUUUCAUUGUGAACAAAAAAAAUCGUUUGCAUGUCGGCACUAACUAUAAUUUUUGUUUCAUUGUCGCAAAUUCUUGCGAUUAGUCAUAUCGAUUUAUUGCAUUCCAGAAUAUUUUAAAUUUUUAGUCACUACUUUUUCUAACAAUUUAAAAUUGUAACUUAACUAGUCGCGCGAUCAAGUCACACAACAUCAAAACAAACAACAACAGAUGUCCUACGAUUGAUUGCCAGAACAAGCAAACACAUGUAUCUUCUAGCUAUUUUUUUUGUUUGAGAAAGAUGUCUUCUAUAUUUUUGUAUUAGAGAUAUCAAUCUUCCAGCCGUAAGAGUAUGUCUUGCUGGUUAAUACUUCUAAUUUUAAGAGUUAGGUUGUUCUAAGCUCACAUUUGAUACAUCAUAAGAUAUAUAUGUGUGGUUAAAUCAGGACUCUAGUAAAAAAUAUCAAUUUUUAUCAACCGCUAGAUCAAUGAAUCACAAAUUCAUUUUUAUAAAUCAUAUAUUAUACUAUAUAUAUAUAUAUCAUUCAGAUCAAUUUUCAUGUAAGUUUAGUAAAAUAGUUUAUGGAUUUAGAUGUAAGCUUAUCUAUUCGUUUAGUUUUGACUCGAGUUAGAUAUUACAUGUCUAGCAAAAUUGAAACUUAAUACAAUUUGACCUGUCCACUCACUAUCUAUUGGCUCAUAGAAAAAAUCUUAUUUUUCUAGUUAAGUAUAUUUGUUACCUGCUUUUCUUGUUAAUUCAAAGCUUAGCCAGAUAUUUGUUUUUUUUUGACUUUCCUAUUUUUCUAAUUAACUUUAUUUGUUACUUUUCUUAUUAAUUCAAAGCUUAUCCUAAAAUAUUUGGUUAGAUUUAGUUUUAGCUAAUGAUAUCUUGAUGUAGGAGUAAUGUAUAUUAAACUAUUAAUGUAACUUUAUAAAAACAGUUUGGGACUUUUGUUUGGUAAAAUGCUUUACAUAACAACAUUUAUAUAUACAUGAAAUAUUAAAAAAAAACAUUUUAAAUAUCUUUUGUAACAAAAUUAAAACAUGCAAUAAAAUCCAAUGUUACAACAACUUGUUACGUUCAUCGUGAAUGUAAUACAAAACUUCACAAUAAUUUAAUUUUGAAUGCAAUACAACAACUCUUUAAUAAUUUAAUUUUCAUCAGGAAGGUUUUCCAUUAAAUAAAUUAUGUAUUAUGAGAAAAAAAUUAAGGAAAUAAAAAGGACAAUCAAAAACAGGAAACUCAAAUCUUUUCCGUGUUCUUAUAUGACACCGAGUCAUAUUAGAACUCUAAUGUCAAAAGUCAAAGUAACUCCUAGUUAGGUUUUGGUGCACCUAUUCCCGUUUAAUCUUGGACUUUGUUUAACAAGAAAAUAAACCACACACACAUAUAAAUAUGGAUGUCUCCACAAACAUCUUAUUCUUACAUUAAAUUCGAUCUUGAGAUUUGGAAAAAGAAGAUGAUUUCGCAGAAGACGAUAGCUUCGUGGAUGAUAUGUUUCCUUCUGUUGCUUCUUCUUCCGAUAGCUUUUUCUGAGCCGACAAGAAACUUAAAGGGAACAAAUGCAAGAGCUCCAACAGUGCAGCAGAUAAGAAACAAAGAGGUGAUAGUGGACAAUGGAAUUGUGAGAGUGACUUUCUCGAAUCCUGAAGGAUUAAUAACUGGGAUCAAAUACAAUGAAAUCGGCAAUGUUCUUAAUCCACAUCUCCGAGCUCGAGGGUACUGGGACAUAACAUGGCAAACAGAAAACAACAGUCUCCCAAAGUUGGACAGAAUCGAAGGAACCAACUUUAGAAUCAUAACUCAAAACGAAGAACAAGUGGAGAUUUCUUUCUCCCGAACAUGGAAUGGUGGUUCUGAUCAUAUUCCAUUAAACGUAGACAAGAGGUAUAUUAUACGAACAAAUACUUCAGGAAUCUACACUUAUGGAAUUUUUGAGAGACAACCCGAAUGGCCAGAAGUGGAGAUGGCUCAAAUUCGAGUCGCAUUUAAACUCAACCCUGAUAGAUUCCAUUACAUGGUGGUGGCGGAUAAUCGGCAAAGACAAAUGCCAACAGACGAUGACCGUGACAUUAACAGUGGCCGUGCCAAGCCCCUUGCGUACAAAGAGGCUGUACAAUUGACUAAUCCUCAUAACCAAAUGUUCAAAAACCAGGUGGAUGAUAAAUACCAGUACUCCUGUGAGGUCAAGGACAACAAGGUGCAUGGUUGGAUAUCGACCAACUCCAAUGUUGGUUUCUGGCUCAUCUCACCGAGCGGUGAAUACCGCUCUGGUGGACCGGUCAAACAGGAGCUCACGUCUCACGUCGGUCCCACGACCCUCACGACCUUUAUAAGCCAGCAUUAUGUUGGUCCGGACAUGGAGACAUGGUACAAAACUGGUGAAGCGUGGAAAAAGGUCUUGGGACCUGUAUUCAUCUACUUAAACUCUGAUUCCACCCGCAAUAAUCUACAACAUUUGUUAUGGGAAGAUGCUAAACGACAGACCGAACAAGAAGUUGAAGCAUGGCCGUACGGUUUUGUAGCGUCCUCUGACUUUCCUACUCGUCAAGAAAGAGGAACCAUUACCGGUCGACUCUUUGUCAACGACAGGUUCUUGGCUCCGGCAGGAUAUGCAUACAUCGGUUUAGCACCGCCAGGAGAAGCUGGUUCAUGGCAAACAAAUACUAAGGGAUACCAAUUUUGGACACAGACCAACGAAACCGGCUAUUUCACCAUUGAUAACGUUAGACCGGGAACGUAUAAUCUAUACGGAUGGGUUCAUGGUUUUAUCGGAGACUUCAAAUACCAAAACCUAGUUAACGUAGCUGCAGGUUCAGAGAUAAGUCUUGAUAGAGUUGUGUUCCAGCCUCCUAGGAAUGGUCCAACGUUAUGGGAGAUUGGUGUACCGGACCGAACCGCCAGAGAAUACUUUGUACCGGAACCAUACGAGAAUACAAUGAACCCGUUAUACUUAAACCACACUGACAAGUUUAGGCAGUAUGGGUUAUGGCAACGUUACACGGAGUUAUAUCCAAACCAUGAUCUCGUCUACACAGUUGGAGUUAGUAACUAUAGUCAAGACUGGUUCUACGCUCACGUCACAAGGAACAUUGGUGGUUCGACCUAUGUACCAGCGACAUGGCAGAUUGUUUUUGAACUUCCAUAUGUGAACUGGCGAGGUAGCUACACAUUGCAAAUAGCUUUAGCUUCGGCUGCACGGGCUAACUUAAAAGUACGGUUCAACAACGAAUACUCUCGGCCAUUGUUAUCUGCGGGUGUCGGAAGAGAUAAUGCUAUAGCAAGACAUGGAAUCCAUGGAGCCUACCAUCUUUAUAGCAUUGAUGUACCUGGAAGGUUACUAAGAACCGGGACCAACACAAUCUAUCUACGUCAGUCUAAAGCGGUGGGGCCGUUUGAAGGUCUUAUGUAUGAUUACAUUCGUCUUGAAGAGCCUUCUACAGCUUAGAUUCAUACUAGACAUUAUAUAAUAUUUGAUUUUUUUUCA